AUUCCCUUUAUUUUUUUCAUUACAGCUCAUUUUAUUAAAACUUAGCCCAUUGUUUUGGAUAUGCCUGCUAAAGUUAUUACGCCGGCGGAAUACUAUGAUCAAGACAAUGGUGGAUCCAUUCCAGUCUUUCGACCGACCAUGGCCCAGUUCAGAGAUUUCGCUUCCUUUAUGGAGGCCAUAGAUAGCUACGGAAAAGAGGCCGGGAUCGUUAAAGUGAUACCACCCAAAGAAUGGAUCGACGCAUUACCGAAUAACCGGAAAGCUUUAGAACGUGUUCGCGUACGGAAUCCUAUUAUCCAACAUAUUCUCGGCAGCCAAGGCCUUUAUACGCAAACAAAUAUAGAAAAACGACGUCCCUAUACAUUGAAUCAAUGGCGUACAUUAUGCGACCAGAAGCAACACAGACCUCCAACCAUUGGUUUAGGUCGCACAGCUCAAUCUCCUGUUACGCCAAAACGGGCCAAAACCAGUCCAACACACUCUAAAACUAGAGCAAUGCCCGCUUCUGACCCAACACCAUUAGCUGGAGCAGCGAAGCGAGCCUUGGAACAGGAAGAAAUCGAAUUGGCAGAAUCGGAUAAACCGGUUCCGAUUCAUUUCGAUCCCCACACCUUGGAUCAAACGCAAUAUUCGGUGGAGUAUUGUAAAGAAGUGGAACGUAUUUACUGGCGCAAUUUGACAUAUUCGCAGCCAAUGUACGGAGCUGAUAUGGCUGGCACAUUAUUUGACAAGUCCGUGAGCUCGUGGAACGUAAGCUCGCUUGACAACAUCCUUAACCACCUUGAUGUUGCCAUUCCCGGUGUGAACGAGCCCUAUCUUUAUUUUGGUAUGUGGAAAGCCACAUUUCCAUGGCAUGUCGAGGAUAUGGACCUUUACUCCAUUAAUUAUCUUCAUUUCGGCGCCCCCAAGCAGUGGUAUGCUAUUCCGUCGCGACACAGCAAAAAAUUUGAAGGGGUGAUGCAAAGUACAUUUUAUCAGCAAUACAAGGCCUGUUCUGAAUUUCUGCGACAUAAAACCCACAUUGCUUCGCCCAAAUUUCUUGCCAAUCAUGCUAUUUCUGUUCAAAGAUGCGUUCAAUAUCAAGGCGAAUUUAUAAUCACGUUUCCUUUUGGAUAUCACUCUGGCUACAAUCUUGGAUUAAAUUGUGCCGAAAGUGUUAAUUUUGCCUUGGCAUCCUGGAUCGACAUAGGAAAACGAGCCAAGGCAUGCAAUUGUAUUGCCGAUAGUGUUACUAUCGAUGUGUCCGCGUUGCAACCAUCUGCAGUUAUCAAGACCAAACCUGUAGCACAAAAAAAGCUCCUACAAAAGCAGUGCAUUUUAUGCCCGUCUAUCCAUGCAUCAGUACGGCCAUCGUCUAUGGUGAAAACCGAAGAGGGCAAUUGGAUUCAUCGUCUCUGUGCUGAAGCUAUUGCCGGCCUUUCUAUACACCGUUUAUCGAAAAGCCGUUGUAAAGUCAAGGGACUGACCAAUGUACCCCGAGCUCGAUGGAAACUGCUGUGUCUGUACUGUCGUGAACCACAGGGAGCUUGUGCACAAUGCUGUAGCAUGAAAUGUUGUCGAGCCUUUCACGUCACAUGUGCCGAAAAAGCCGGCGCCACGAUGAUAAAGAACAAUGAUGAAAAUUACUCUGACAUUUACUGUCCCCAGCAUGAUCCGAAACACAUUCAAAAACGGCAAGCAUCAAAACAAGCAUUCUAUGAUCAGUUAGCGCGUCAGCUUUAUGUAGGCAGACGAAUAUGGGCAGUCUUUCGUGGAACAGAGAACUGCAGUGGGACGAUUGAAAGUAUCAACAAUGAAAAGCGUACAUGUCGAAUACGCUGCGAUCUUGGUUUCACUUCUACCGUUCCAUGGCGAGACAUUCGUUUGGAGUAGAACCUACUCUGCUUUCUUUGCACUAUUAUUAAUACUUGCUUUCCCCUUCCCUUAUUCUACUUCGCCUUGUAUGUAUGUUCAUAAACUAAGAUGUACAUAAAUAAAUUUUAUCUGAAAG